AUGGCUGCGGCAAAGCAAAUAAAAAACGAAUGGGAAGAACCUUUCCAUGUAUUUGGCCAAGGCGAGCAGAAGCUUCGGCUUCAAAUUCUUAAACAAGUUGAUGAUUAUCGAGUGGACCAAGAAGAAUGGAGAAAACAAGCAGAACAGACUGAUGUCUUUCUCGAUAAACUUCUUGACAAAAUUGAUGAAAAAGCCAAGUUAUAUUCUAGUGAGAUGGCAUUAGAGAAGACAAUCUUAAAACAAGCAAGCGCAAGGCAAGGAUUGAAAAUUGAUGAACCGGAUGAGUAUGAUGUCAUUAUACCAAUGAUAAUAAAGGGGUUAGACAUUCAGACUGCAUCUGUCCAGGAUACAGACGGAAAAGUCAUGCCUGGUUUAGAAAGAGAACGAGUUUUGAACAAAGACAAGGUCGGAUCUACCCAUCCUUAUCUAUCUCGUGCAGACGUCUUCCACACAACAAAAGACGGAACUGUUUAUCUAAAUUCGCAAAAUUUUUAUAAAAAAGUAUGGACGAAGAUGCUAGAUAAAGCACUUUCAGAUCUUAAAACCGAAAUGCCAGAUUUCGAGUUUCAAAGACGAGAGCAUCCGCCUGCUGUUAAUAUUCAAGUGACAUAUCCCGAUCGAAAUGUUGUCAAUUUUGACAUCGUACCAGGACGAUACACGGGAAGCGAAGAAAUUAAAAUUCCAGCUGCUGUAACAGGAAAAAAGGACACAACCGUUGUGUUUCCAAGUUAUGCACUACCAAAGUAUGACAAUAAAAACAACCCAAAAAUAAAUCAACAGGACCGAGAGCUUAUUUGGAGGCAAUGCACAAGUGCAUAUGAAAGGUUUAUGGCUGAUUUAUGUCGAGGUUCAACCCCACGCCAGUACGUUAUGACUGCAAAUCGCAUAAUGAAAUCUGCUAUAAAAAUGUUACAAAGAGAACAAAAUCCGCUUGGGAACCUGAUAAAUUCGUACCAUUUGAAAACAAUCGCAUACCAUAUAAUUAUGGAUAAAACGAUUUUGGAUUCAAACAAAAUCGGAGGUGUCAAGGAUGCCCUUGGAUUUCAUAUCACAUAUCUAAACAUGUUUGUGUCCAAAAGAGUGCUUCCAGAUUUCUUUCAUGGAAAUAAACACCUUGGAAAAAUAUUUCCAAGUUCCAAAAUCCUUGAAAAUCAUAGAGAACUGAAUUUAUUUUGGAAAUCUAAUCCUACCCUUCUGGAAACCGCCAUACAUGGUUUCAAAAAGUUGGUCAAAAUUUUGGAAGGCUGCUUCACAUCCUCUGCUGAUCUAAAAUGA